GGGGCGGCCCCCUCAUAGUUAUUGAUGACAUGCCCGCUGUUGAUGGGCCUCUAGCCUCGGUCCCCCCGAAGGAUCCGGUGAAUCCCCCCCGGGAGGAAUUACCCCGGGAGAUCCGUCAGCUCUCCUUUGCCCCCGGCGCUUCAUUGAUGCACGGCACUGCCGAGCCGAAGGCCUUCCUGCGGGGCAUCACCUCGAAGAUGGACAGGGAAGUCUUCGAGACCUACGACGAUGAUGCCCUCGAGAACAGGAUCCUCCGGUCCUCUCUCACUGCCUGCAUAGCCCUCGGGGAACAGGCCCGGAGGCGCGAGGAAAGGCGCCUUCACGAGGCCGCCCAAGAUAAGAAGAUGGAGGUGCUGAUCCGCA